AUGUUGAAGGAAGGACAAACGGUUACAACAGAAGGUGAAGAAAUAGAAGAAGUUACAAUAGAAAAUUCUACUAAUGUAAGCGAGACUACAACAAAGAAAAAGAAGAAAAAGAAAAAGAAGCCAGCGAACGGAAAUGCAGAGGUAGAUUCAACCGAUGCAGUGAAGGAAGAGCCCACCUCAGAAAAGGUGGAGCUUCCAAAUAAUAACGGCAAAAUAAAUAACGAAGACGAAAAUGACGAGGAAGAAGAGGAAGGUGAAGGUGAAGCAGCAACUGGAGAAACAACUAAUGUCGCUGAAACAAAUGGAUCCUCAAUUACUCAACAAACUGAGCCACCCACAAUUCCAGUAAGCAAAUUUUUCCCUGACGGUAAAUAUCCAGAAGGUGAAAUAUGUGAAUAUAAAAACGA